CCAGACACAGCACUUCUCCUGCCUGCGCCUGCUGUAUCUAGCUAUCUACUGAGCUCUGACAGAAGUGACAGUGAGAGAGCAUCGGCCCUCAGGGAACUGUGGUCUUUUGUACUCAGAAAACAGAGAGUGAAGAAAGAUACAACUUUGUGUUUCUUCUUUUCAGUUUAUUUGUGGUUUUAGUAGUUUUUUUCUCCACUUUUGUGUUUUACAUUUAUUUUCUAAACUUCUUCAUCUGUUGAGAUGGACUCUGACGCUGGCUCCAACUCCAGCCGCUCCUCAUCUCCAGACCUGGUGGUGGAUGACUCCAUGGGCAGCUUCUUCUCCAACAAGAUGUUCCAAGCCUACUGCCGGGAGGAGGGGGCAGCCAGGGCCGCUGGGCAGGGCAGGGCUGACCGCUGUGCUGGGGGAGGCAAGAGCAAGACCCGGGUUGACCUCAAAGAGGGCGACGUGCAGGACCUGAGGCUGAAGGUGAACGGCAGGGAGAGGAAGAGAAUGCACGACCUGAACCAGGCCAUGGACGGCCUGAGAGAGGUCAUGCCCUAUGCCCAGGGGCCCUCCGUCCGCAAGCUCUCCAAGAUCUCCACCCUGAUGUUGGCCCGUAACUACAUACUCAUGCUGUCCAGCUCCCUGGAGGAGAUGAAGAAGCUGGUGGGAGACGUGUACGGAGGUGGUGGUGCCCAGAGUCGCACCAGCCACCGCCGGAUCACCCCUCCAGCCCCCACAGCCCACCUCCCCCUGCACCCCCUGGCCCAGUCCCUGCACUCCCUGGUGGGCAGCACGGCCUCUGCUCUCCACCACCCUUCGCCUCUCCCGGCUCCAGCCCCACACUCACCGCCCUCUGCAAGCUACCUGGGCUUCCACCAUGCACCCGUACAGAGCCUGCUGAAGGACCCUCUCCACCUAGCCAGCUCCUACAGGCACUUUCCUGGUAUGCCCUGUCCCUGCUCGCUCUGCCAGCCUCUACCAACCACCGCAUCCACCCUGCACAGCUUUUCCAUGGGCAAGUGAGCAGGCGACACCCAGGACUGAACUCUGUAGUUGAGGCCCAGGCCCACCCCAGGACUAAGUAGUUUACUGCCUGUGGACUGAGAGAAAUUGUUGGUUGAACUGUAAAAAAAAACAUUGGUAGCCCGCAGGACCUGUACAUAUUUUGUAUAUAUCUUCUAUUGAGUAUGUCGCUGCUAUUUUUCUAAAUUACAUUCCUUGUUUAUAUUGAAAAUAUUUAAAUGCACACACAGGGACCAUUUCAGAAACACUUAGAUCAUUUAAACCAGAUAAUUUGGCUAUGCUUUGUAUUUCAUACUGUUGUUCUUGAAGCUCUUUUUCGAAUGAAACAGUGAUAAUAUCUGCUAUUGCUAUUCGAUAUGGAAUAUCAGUGUUACGGUAACAAAUGAGAAAGAUGGAAAGUGCUGUGUCCUUCUCUGCAGGUGUCUUAUUUUCCUAAAUUAAACCUUUAAAAACAUU